AUGUCGUUGGUUCACAGAGGCAAAGUGAUUCUGGCGGCCUGGGCUGCUCUCGUCCUUGUCGUGCCCAUGUGCCUCGCCUGGCAGCUCGAUGUUGUUUUCUACCAGGAUGACAACUAUGGCGGGGCGUCCUUUGACUUUCAGAUUCACAACAGUCUUGAAUGCUACAACAUCGAUCAAUGCUUCAACGACCAAAUGUCGAGCUACAAAGUGACCUCCAGUUGCGACAUACCCGCCGGCAUGAAAUUUAACUUGUACGCCGAUGUCAAGUGUCCCUGGAACGACUGGAGCAACGACUGCCGCCUCGAUGGCAGCUCGACCUACUCUUCCUAUGUCGACCUGAUUCCCUGCCAGACCGUCUCGGUUCCUUCGGUCGGGCUAUGCUUGAACGACAAAGCUAGCGCCUUCAUGGCUCUCGAGCAAUGGCAGAGCUCUUUCUGGUGGAAUGCCGCCCAGUACACGUUUUCAUGCUGA